AUUGAAACCAACCCUAAGUUUCUUUUAUCUCCGCCCUAAAGGUAGCCCCGAUUAUUGCUGACUUAAGCAUCGGAGUGUCUACCCCGAGUUCAACCUCGGGGCUUUGCAGGUCAUCUCGGAGUGCAAACGCGGACUGAAGAAGGACUUCUGGUUUGGUGCAAUUACAUUGGCGCCGUCUGUGGGAAUUGAACUGAAAGCUCUCUAGUUGCUCUUCCGUCAUGGUUCACACUCGAUCAAUCCGAGCUAGUAAUUCAUCUCUGCCUCAUGGGCAAGGUCAACCCCCCAACAACCUUCCACCUCUGAUCCCACCUCAAAUCCAACCUCAGCUUCCACCUCAGGUCCCAACCAUAUUCCCUCCUGUUGAUCAUGCAGAAGGAGGAGAUGAAAACCAACCCCAUACCUCAGCUCACAAUUCAACUUCCACUGCCAACCAAGACGUGGUGACAGCUCAGCUUGCUACCAUGCAGCAGCAGUUUGGCGUUUUUCAGUUGGUACUGGCUCAGUUUUUAGCUAGAAAUAAUCCUGGUGAUCCCCUCAUUAAUUUACUAAAUCCUGCUCAACAACCCCCAGCUCCACAACAGAAUCCCCAACCAGUUCAACCUGCUCCCGCUAUUAGCGAAUCUCAGGAUCAAUCCCACAUAGCACCCGCUCAGCAACCCAUCCCUGAUGAUGUUACUCGUCUCCUUGAUAGCUUAGAAAAGCUAGUAGCUAAACACCGAGGUGUUCCACCCCCACACCAUACUGUCGAUUCCAUACCUCACCCCUUGAAUACCAACAUCACACUGGAACCCUAUCCUACUGGCUUCAAAAUACCACAACUAGAGACUUAUGAUGGGACGAAAGAUCCCGAUGAUCACUUGCAUGCUUUCUACUCUUGUAUGCAAGCCCAGAAUGCCUCUGACGCGUUAAUGUGCAAAAUCUUUCCCUCUACUCUGCGAGGUAAUACUCGAACUUGGUAUUAUAGUCUACCUCCGAGGUCAAUUAGUUCUUACACAGAAAUGGCAUCUGCUUUCACCACUAAGUUUUCCAAUAGAAGGUUGAUUAGGAAAACUACUACCGAAUUGAUGCGAGUUAAACAGAGGGACGGAGAGUCCCUGAAGAACUACAUGAGCAGGUUCAAUGAUGCGGUGUUGGAGGUCAGUUCCUUCGACCAAGCUGUGGGCAUUGCAGCUGUAAUCUCUGGUCUCAAACAUGACAGGUUCCGAGACAGUUUGAUCAAACAUGCUGCCACCACCUUUAGCGAGGUAAAUGAUCGGUCUCUGAAAUUUAUAACUGCUGAGGAAUACGCCCUGGCGCAAAACCCACCUUCCUCUAAGAGCCAGAACCCAGAAUGGAGAGAUGACAACCCGAGCCGAAAAAGGAUGAGAAUGGCGCAGAACCGAGGUCCAGUGUUGACCUCCCCGCCGAGAUUCGGAAGGCCGAACUCCACGCCCUCACAACAAUCUGCAGAGCAGUGUAACAGUUUAAAGUCCGAACUGGAAAGUUUAGCUCAGAAGGGAAUGCUGAAUGAGCAAGGUGUGGGAUAUCAGCAAACCCCACCUCCACUCCCACCACCAGCUAGAAUCAUACAUAUGAUUACGGGAGGCCUUGAAGCAGGUGGACUGAGCUCUAAGCAGCGAAAGCUGUAUGUUAGGGAGGUUAAACAUCAAAACCGAGCUCAGAAACAAAAGAUUGACGAUGCUGAAUGGAAAAAUCAACCCAUUACUUUCACAUCUGCUGAUCUUGAUACAGUUGUUACACCCCACAGUGAUCCAUUGGUCACUUCUGUCAUGAUUAACAACUGUGAAGUACAGCGUGUCCUUGUUGAUAUCGGGAGUGCACCAGACAUCAUGUACUUCCACUGUUUCGAGAGUCUGGGAUUAGAUCCAGCAUUGUUGCAGAAGUAUGAUGCUGUGGUUUCCCAGUCUCACCUCUGUAUGAAGUUCCCAACUCCUAUGGGAAUAGCAACACUGCGAGGAAACCAAGAGGGGGCCAGGCACUGUUAUAUCACCUCGGUAACACAACCCAUGAAGGGCAAAGCUCAGACACCCGAGGCCAUUCCCCAACGCAUUUCUGAUAAUCAGCAAGUUACGGGUGUUGAGAUCGUAGAUAAUCGACCGGAAGAUGAAACCAGAGCUGCUCCGAUCGAAGAUGUUGAAGAAGUACUCAUUGAUGACAGAGAUCCGAGACGAAAGACGCAGAUCGGAACUAGAUUGAACCCAGAGGAAAGGGCAGAGCUCAUAGCUUUUCUUCGAGCUAAUAAUGAUGUAUUCGCAUGGACUUCGACAGACAUGCCAGGAAUUCCAAAUUCAGUCUCUCAACAUAAGCUCAGCACCAAUCCAUUGAAGAAACCAGUGGCCCAAAAGCGGCGUCUCUUCGAGGGUGAGAGGCUUCAGGCCAUUAAAGAAGAGGUAACGAAGCUCCUACAGGCUGGUUUUAUCAGGAAAGUUGAUUACUGUGAAUGGGUGGCUAACCCAGUUCUGGUGAAGAAGGCAAACGGCAAAUGGCGAAUGUGUAUCGAUUAUACAAAUCUUAACAACGCCUGCCCUAAGGAUUGCUAUCCAAUGCCGAGCAUUGACAAACUAGUUGAAGCGGCUUCUGGCAAUGAGAGGUUAAGCCUCUUGGACGCAUAUUCGAGGUAUCACCAGGUGCCAAUGGCUCCGGAAGACGAAGAGAAAACCGCGUUCUAUGCUGGCGAUGAAAUUUAUUGUUACGUCAUGAUGCCAUUCAGCUUGAAGAAUGCAGGUGCUACUUAUCAGAAAAUGGUAACCAUUGUCUUCCACGCCCAGAUUGGCAAGAACCUGGAGGUAUAUGUCGACGACAUUGUGAUAAAAAGCCUAAAAGCAGAAGACCAUCUCGCCGACCUCGACGAAACCUUUAACAACCUCAGAAAGAACAGGAUGCGGUUAAACCCAUCCAAAUGCAUCUUCGGAGUAGAGUCCAGAAAGUUUCUAGGUUUCAUGGUGUCCCGAAGGGGAAUUGAGGUCAAUCCAAAAAAGAUCAGAGCCAUUGCCGAGAUGGAACCGCCGAAAUCAGUGAAAGAUAUACAGAGGUUAACCGGAAGGGUGGCAGCUCUACAUCGGUUCAUAUCGAAGUCAGCAGAUAAAUGUCUGCCAUUUUUCAAAAUUAUGAGGUCAGCCGCCCAGAAAGACGAGUCAGGGAAGCAAAAGAAGUUCGAAUGGAGCCGGGAAUGCCAAGCUGCAUUUGAAGAGCUGAAGUCUUAUCUUAGCUCACCGCCUCUGUUGACUAAAGCUGUAGAUGGAGAGCUUCUAUACUUAUACCUGGGGGUUUCAGAUGAGGCCAUUAGUUCAGUUCUGGUGAGAGAAGAAGCUAAGCUGCAGAAACCAAUUUAUUAUAUCAGCAGCGUGCUGCACGGAGCAGAGCUGAGAUACCCUAUAGCUGAGAAAGCAGCAUUAGCAGUCGUCACUUCGGCCAGGAAGUUGAGGCCAUAUUUCCAGUCACACCCAAUUAUCAUUCUCACCGAUCAGCCUCUCAGGCAGAUUCUACAGAAACCAGAGUGCUCUGGAAGACUAAUUAAAUGGGCAGUAGAAUUGGGAGAGUUUGAGAUAACAUUUCAGCAGAGAUCGGCCAUCCAAGCUCAAGCAUUAGCAGAUUUUAUCGUCGAAUGCACUCCAUGUCCUUCCACCUCUAAUCCAGAGCCCAACGACUGGACCUUAUAUGUUGACGGAGCAUUUAGUAGCAAGGGUUCAGGGGCUGACGCUCUCUUGAUUAGUCCAGAUGGAUACCGAAGCGAACAUGCCUUGAAGUUCAACUUUGAUGCGACAAAUAACAUGGCUGAGUAUGAAGCUCUGCUACUUGGUUUACAGCUGGCAUUGGAGUUGAAAAUCAGUGUAAUUCAAGUAUACAGUGACUCCCAGUUGGUGGUAAACCAAAUCAACUCGAUCUGCGAAGUUGUUGAUCCUGUGAUGGUGAAGUACGUAGCCUUGGUGGCCGAGCUGAAGUGCAAAUUCCAGAAAUUCUAUCUAAGCAAAAUCCCCCGAACUGAGAAUGAACACGCAGAUUCACUCUCUAAAUUCGCCUCUGAUAGUUCUUCACGUUCCAGAUCAGUUUUUGUGGAGGUCUUAGAUGAACCAAGCUUCAUAAAGCCACGGGUGAUGGAGAUCAGCACCGACCCAGCCACACCAAGCUGGACUGACCCAAUCCUCUCUUUCUUACGAGACGGGACAGUGCCUGAAGACAGGCAGGAGGCAAUGAAGCUGAGGAGGAAAGCAUCUCGGUAUACACUUGUUGAUGGGGUCCUCUAUAAGCGAUCUUUCUCUCUACCUCUUUUACGGUGCUUGAAUCCCUAUGAAGCAGAAUAUGCACUCAGGGAGGUGCAUGAAGGUGUCUGCGGAAGUCAUGUGGGUGCUCGAACUUUGGCUCAUAAAGUCCUUAGACAGGGUUAUUAUUGGCCCAACAUGUACAAAGAUGCCACUCACUUUGUUCAGAAAUGUCCGAGGUGCCAAUUCUUUGCACAUCUGACCCACCAACCUGCAGAAGAACUAACGACCUUGGUAGCACCAUGGCCAUUUGCACAGUGGGGACUAGAUCUUUUGGGUCCAUUUGUGAAAGGGGUUGGUGGUGUAACCCAUCUGAUUGUUGGUGUGGAUUAUUUCACGAAUUCGAUCAUCUGCAGAUAUGGGAUCCCAAAUCAGAUUGUGGCUGAUAAUGGAACUCAAUUCAAUUGCUCCUCAUUUCGAGAUUUCUGCUCCAGUUAUGGGAUCAAGUUACAGUUCACCUCCGUCUACCAUCCGGAGUCCAAUGGCAUGGUUGAAUCUGUUAACAAAUGCAUUUUGGAAGGUAUAAGGCCGAGAUUGGAGCAGCAUAAGGCCAAGUGGGCAGACGAGCUCAACAACGUCCUAUGGGCAUACAGAACCACGAGUCGAACUGCCACAGGUGAAACACCCUACCACCUGGCCUUUGGUACCGAAGCAGUCAUUCCUGUUGAAAUAGGAGUCCCAAGCUUCCGAGUCACCCAUUUCGAUGAGGGACGAAAUGGACAACUGCUUCGGGAAAACCUUGAUCUGCUUGCCGAAUUCAGAGAAGAAGCUCGGCUUCGAACUCUUGUAUACAAGCAGAAGCUAGCCAACUUCUACAAUAAACGGGUCCGCCCUCGCACAUUCAAAAUAGGAGACCUGGUUCUCAGAAAAGCUGGCCUAACGGGGUUUGAAACUCGUUUUGGCAAACUUGCCCCAAAUUGGGAAGGUCCUUAUGCCGUGGCCGAAGUGCCACAUCCUGGUACCUAUAUUCUCCAAGACGCUGAAGGAAAAAGAGUUCCUAGAGUCUGGAAUGUCAAUAACUUGAAAAAAUUUUACCCCUAAUGGAAUUCUUUCAAGAGAUCUGUCUUACAGUUUUUAUUUCAUGAUUGUCGAGAUUCAUUUUACCUCUUACUCUAUGUAUCCGAGGUCAAUCAGUACUUAAAUCUCACUUCUGAUUAAUAAAAGUUACUUCACAUG